CCAGCACCUUUUCAGCGGGAGAAAUAGCAAGAGGGGCGGGAUUAUUUACGAGCCUUUCGAUGGCUUUUCCCGCCCAAAGCCCAGGCGUCGUCACCAGGACACCUCCGGGCGGGCUCUCAGGCGACCCGCCUUCCGGCAGGGCGAAACCUUUCAGAUCAGCUGAAGGUUAUCUCGGGCGGGGCCGAUCAGACGGACGCGGGGGGAGCGUGAGAAAGGCGGAGUCGGACCGCGAGAGACCCCACCUCCGGAGGGAUGCCAGAACCAGUCAAAAGGGCGCAGCGCGGGCUCCUCUGUUUAGCACGCGGUGGGGGGAGUGUAUCAGGGCCUCCGCCGGCGGUUCUUUGUGCCCGCAGCCGCUAUGCGGGAUUACGACGAGAUCAUCGCCUUCCUGGGCGAGUGGGGCCCCUUCCAGCGCCUCAUCUUCUUCCUGCUCAGCGCCAGCAUCAUCCCCAACGGCUUCAACGGCAUGUCCGCCGUUUUCCUAGCCGGCACCCCCGAGCACCGGUGCCGGGUGCCCGACAGCGCAAACCUGAGCGCCGCGUGGCUCAACGCCAGCAUCCCCCUGGAGGAGCGCGGCGGGCGGCAGGUGCGGAGCCAGUGCAGCCGCUACCGCCUCGAGGCCCUCAUCAAUUUCUCUGCCCGGAACCUGGAGCCCGGCCGCGACGUCGAUCUUAGCCAGCUGGGGCAAGAGAAGUGCCUGGACGGCUGGGAGUAUAGCCAGGAGGUUUACCUUUCCACGAUCGUCACGGAGUGGAAUCUCGUAUGUGACAAUGACUGGAAAGCUCCCCUAACUACAUCUUUGUUCUUUGUGGGUGUGCUGCUUGGAUCUUUUAUAUCUGGACAACUCUCAGACAAGUUUGGCAGAAAGGCUAUUCUGUUUGCAACCAUGGGUGUACAGACAGGUUUCAGCUUCCUCCAGAUCUUCUCAACCAGCUGGGAAAUGUUCACAGUGCUUUUUCUUAUAGUUGGCAUGGGGCAGAUUUCAAAUUACGUUGUGGCCUUCAUAUUAGGUAAGAUUAUUUUCACUCUUAAACUUUACUUGCCUGUUUCAAUAUAUCAAAGCAAUCACAUUUAACAAACAAGUCCAUGCUUAAAAUAUUCUCACCCAUAAGUAGUGAAACUAUAUUUAAGAAAAAUAGCUAAAUUAAAAGAAAGGUUAAGAAUUUGUGGAAGCUGAAAAAAUCUGGAAGUUGUAUAGAAGAAGAAAAUUUGCCAAGUGAAACAAAAUACUUUCUGUCAAUUUAGCUAGCUGAUUCAGUGACUUAAAUGGCCCAUUCCCACUGUAAGGAUAUAUUGUUUUUGAGAUUUAAUGUAGCUUUCUGGACAAACAUGGAUAUUUCAAUAAUUGACUUCAGAUUGUUACAGAAGUGAAAUUCAUUAUCUAUUCUGAAACCUUCAUUAAUUCAUCAGAAGCCAGAACUUGCUUCACAAGGAAAACAGAGGGAGUAUUUAGAGCAGUGUUUCUCAACCGUAGCAACUUGGAAGAUGGAUUGGGAAAUUCUGAGAAUUGACGUCCACACAUUUUCAAAUUGCUAAGGUUGAGAAGCACUGAUUUAGAGAAUGGGUGAGCAGGCUGAGUAGGAGAGGAGGCAUUUUUUAGCAUAGAGUGGGAGGAUCCCCCUGAACUCCCUUAGCCACUUUGUCAUGCUUUCUUCCAGUUAGGCCCCCAAAUCUUGAAUAACAUGAACUGGGAACAGCUGAUAGAUGUGGGAACUUCCAUCUUCCAGUGUUCAGAACCAUAGUUAGAAAAUUCAUGCUUUGCUGGUAUGAUAUUUAAGACUGCCAAGAGACUAACUUUUAAGUCAGCAAUCCACUACUUAGUAAGGAGUUAGGGCAGCUUGCUUCUUUAAAUCAUUAUGUUUUAUGUCAGUUAUUAGCAUAUCCAUGUUGUCUUAGGUAAAGCCCAUCUACAUCAUACUGGUAGACCUACAUAACAUCAUACCAAGCUCUAUGCAGGCCACCAGCUUCAGAUUGUUUCCUCCUAGAGCUUGAUGGUAGUUAUUUGACUCCUGGGUGGCUUAUGAGUUCAGAGGUAUCUAAAAGUUUCAUGUUCAGAUAGGGAGUUAAUUUCUUGCUGUUAUAGCUGGAUCAAACAUGCUCUCUUGAGUUGGGUUGGCUCACUAAUUUUACUACAGCUUUUUCUUUACUGAUUCUUUAUGGAUUAUAUGUGGCAGUGCUAUUUUUAGUGGUCUCAGCCACCCGGUGACUACCAAGGAUUACCAAAUUUAUCAUGUUGAAUGCUAAUGCUUCAGAAAGGGAAUUAAUGGAAAUAAAGAAUAUUAAUCUGUCCUUGUUAUAAUGGCAGUAUUUACAAUCAAAGAAUAAAGAGCAGUGAUAUUUAUUUUGUUGCUCAUUUGCAUAGAAAACAAAGUCAUCACCACUUAGUGGAGUAGGAGGAAAAUUACAGCUGGGAACAUUAAUGAAAUUAUGUUUCCUCAUCAGACAUACAUACUUAAUUCUCUAAGUUUAGGAUUUAAGCCUAGUUGUCAAGAUAAUGCAACAGAUUUUUUUUUCAUUGUCAUUAAUACAUUGAAUCUCAGCAG